AUGGAGACAAACGGCCAGGCGAAUGGGCUUAAAUCCAGAAAGAAAGAGAACGGCGAUGGAAAGGAUAAUUUAUGGUCUGCUAUUUUAGAAGAAGUUCAAAAUCAGGGUAACACGAAACUACCUUCAAAUAAGAAUGUGCUAGUAUUGGGAGAUAAUGAAACUGGCAAAACUACACUCAUAGCAAAAUUACAAGGUGUUGAGGAUCCCAAGAAGGGAUCGGCACUUGAAUAUGCGUAUAUAGAUGUAAGAGAUGAAUAUCGUGACGAUCACACAAGGCUUAGUGUUUGGGUCCUUGAUGGAGAUCCAGGGCACACAAAUCUGCUCAAGUUUGCACUCAACGAAGACACAUUCCCACAUACCCUUGUUCUACUCACAGUGGCUAUGACCACUCCAUGGGGUAUACUAGAUCAACUACAAAGUUGGGCCUCUGUGCUCGGCGAUCACAUAGAUAAAUUAGAUCUCAGCCCUGAGCAAAGGCUGGACAGCAAGAAGGUGCAGACGCAGAAGUGGCAGCGGUACAUGGAACCGGGCGACGAGCUGGAGCCGGCCGCUUCGCCAAUGAAGCGCUCCUCCAGGAACCUCGCCGACGAGUUGGCAAACGACGAUGACGACGACGUCCCACUCCCGGAGGCGGUGCUCACCACCAACCUGGGCCUGGACAUCGUCGUCGUCGUGACUAAGACUGACUACAUGAGCACCCUGGAGAAGGAGCACGACUACCGCGACGAGCAUUUCGACUUCAUGCAGCAGUGGAUAAGGCGCUUCUGCCUCCAGUACGGCGCGGCGCUGUUCUACACCAGCUCGAAGGAGGACAAGAACUGCGACCUCCUAUACAAGUACCUCACUCACCGGAUAUACGGGCUGCCCUUCAGGACGCCAGCCCUGAUAGUCGAGAAGGACGCCGUGCUCAUACCAGCGGGCUGGGACAGCAUGAAGAAGAUCAGCAUACUCUACGAGAACAUGCAGUCGUGUAAGCCGGACGAUUACUACAGAGAUAUCAUCGUGCAGCCCGCCACGAGGAAAAGCGGUGGGCUUCGCGAGGCGGAGGUGUGCGCUGAGGACGAGCAGGCAUUCCUCCAGCGGCAGCUGGCCGCGCUGCAGGCGGGCGCGCCCGCGCCCCGCGCCGACUCGCCCCUGCGCACCGCCCAGCGAACCGCCGCCCAGCUGGACGGCACGAAGAUCAGCAUGGGCGGCGGCACGCCCGGCAACGAGGGCGUGCUGGCCAACUUCUUCAACUCGCUGCUGUACAAGAAGACGGGCUCGCCGGGCGCGCGCGCCGCCGACGCGUCGCCGGCCGCCGCCGCCGCGCGCUCCGACGCCGCCGCCGAGCUGGACCGCCUCACCAGGGCCAAGCGCGCCCCGCUAGACCUCAACGCCUCCGACUGC